CCGCCCGCCCGGCCGCCCCGGCCGCGGGUUCCCGGAGGCCCCGCCCGCGGCCCGGGGAGGAGGGCGCGGGGUCGGGGCCGCCUGGCACCCGUCGCUUUUGGGUCGGGGCUUCCGGGACCAGCUCUGGGAGGGGCGCCGGUGAGGAGCGCCGGGGCUGGGGACCCCGUGUCCCACAGUGUCUCCUGCCGGGCUCCGUGGGCACCGGUGACCUGGGCUGCUCCGUGCCCGCGCCCCCAGCCGUGUAAGGCCCAGGCCUGUUUGUUUCGUUCCCUGACGCCCGGCACAGAGUCAGUGCUCAGUAAAUACGGUGGAUGAAAGAAUGAAUGACCAGAGCGGGGAGGGUCUCCCGGCAGGGCAGGCUGCAGUCGGGGGACCUGGGGGCAGCUGGGGGCUGCCUGUGCACACAGCGGAGGGCCGAACCCCAGGCCGCAAGCACCCAGAUGGGGCAGGUGGACGCUGGCCCCAAGACCCCAGUGUGUCAGGGUUAGGGGUCUGGCCCGUCAGGUUCAGGGCCGGGUCAUGGAGGAGCUGGGGUUCUGGGGCACCUCCUUCCUGCCGAGAAGACCUGGACAGGCCGGGCCGACAGGUCUAGUGGCAUAGCCAAGCGGACACUCACCUCCAGCAUAAAACCCCACUUCAUGGAGCUCUGCACCACGCGCUGCUCUCGGACGUCCUGGCUCUGAUGCCCCCCUGCCCAGCGCCUCAGUCAGGCUGAGACCAUGAGGCGGCUGCCGGCCCUGGCCCUGCUCCUGCUGCUGCGGUUUGGGGCUCAGGGGGACGAGGCAUCAAGUGUCUGCGGGCGCCCAAGGAUGCUGAGCCGGAUGGUGGGCGGGCAGGAUGCCUUGGAGGGCGAAUGGCCGUGGCAGGUCAGCAUCCAGCACAACGGGAGCCACAUCUGUGGCGGCAGCCUGAUCACGGAGCGGUGGGUCCUCAGCGCGGCGCACUGCUUUUCCAACUCCUCUGCAACAUCCCUGUACCGGGUCCUGCUCGGGGUGAGGCAGCUGGAGAGGCCGGGGCCGCAUGCUGUGUAUGCCCGGGUGAAGCGGGUGGAGAGCAACCCCCUGUACCAGGGCGUGGCCUCCAGUGCCGACGUGGCCCUGGUGGAGCUGGAGGCGCCCGUGAAGUUCACCAACUACAUCCUCCCUGUGUGCGUGCCUGACCCCUCGGUCAUCUUUGAGACGGGCAUGAACUGCUGGGUCACAGGCUGGGGCAGCCCCAGUGAGCAAGACCGCCUGCCCAACCCGCGGACCCUGCAGAAGCUCUCUGUGCCCAUCAUCGACACGCCCAAGUGCAACCUGCUCUACGGCAAAGACAGCGAGUCCGGCUUCCAGCCGAAAACCAUCAAGGCUGACAUGCUGUGCGCCGGCUUCGCCGAGGGCAAGAAGGAUGCCUGCAAGGGCGACUCGGGGGGCCCACUGGUGUGCCUCGUGGGCCAGUCAUGGCUGCAGGCUGGGGUGAUCAGCUGGGGCGAGGGCUGCGCCCGCCGGAACCGCCCAGGGGUCUACAUUCGGGUCACUGCCCACCACAACUGGAUCCACAGGGUCAUCCCGGAGCUGCAGUUCCAGGCCAGGUCGGGUGGCCAGAGGCGGGACCCCUGGGGCCAGCAGCCCCUCAGUGGGAGCUCUGCGCCCUGCCUGGCGGCCCACGCAGUCCUCCUGGCGCUGAUGGCCCUGCUCCCCCUCCUCUGAGCCCCAGCCCACCCCCCAUUCCCCGGUGCAAACUUGUAAAUAGCUCUCCGAUGCUCCCUUUCUCUCAGAGGCCAAGAUAUUUUUAUUUAUGUUUAUCCUUCAAUAAAAAGCUGACUUGAGUGCCAGCCA